GCGUGUCUGACGCAGCGUCCCGGGGGCCCUGAGGGCGGUGGUCCUGUCUCUGUGUACCAGGAAUCCCUGUCCCCCGGGUUCUGGGCGCCGCAGCCUGCCAGGACGAUGGUGGCCCGCCUGCUGCUGCGCGCCUGGCCCCGGCGCCCUGGCGUUGGCCCGGGAGCCCCCCGUCGGCCCCUCAGCGCCGGCUCCAGGCCCGACCAGUACCUGCAGCGCAGCAUCGUGCCCACCAUGCACUACCAGAACAGCCUGCCCAGGCUGCCUAUUCCCAAACUUGAAGACACCAUUAGGAGAUACCUCAAUGCGCAGAAGCCUCUCUUGGAUGACAGCCAGUUCAGGAAAACAGAACAAUUUUGCAAGAGUUUUGAAAAUGGUAUUGGAAAAGAACUGCAAAAGCAGCUGGUUGCUCAGGACAAGCAGAACAAACAUACGAGCUACAUUUCAGGCCCCUGGUUUGAUAUGUACUUAACUGCUCGAGACUCCGUUGUCCUGAACUUUAAUCCUUUUAUGGCAUUCAAUCCUGACCCAAAGUCUGAGUAUAAUGACCAGCUCACCCGGGCAACCAACAUGACUGUUUCUUCCAUCCGGUUCCUGAAGACACUGCAGGCUGGCCUUUUGGAGCCAGAAGUGUUCCACUUGAACCCUGCCAAAAGUGACACAGAUACCUUCAAGAGACUUAUACGCUUUGUGCCUUCCUCUCUGUCCUGGUAUGGUGCCUACUUGGUCAAUGCAUACCCCCUGGAUAUGUCCCAGUAUUUUCGGCUUUUCAAUUCAACUCGUUUACCCAGACCCAGUCGGGAUGAACUCUUUACUGAUGACAAGGCCAGACACCUUCUGGUCCUAAGAAAAGGACAUUUCUAUGUCUUUGAUGUUCUUGAUCAAGAUGGGAACAUUGUGAGCACCUCCGAAAUCCAGGCUCAUCUGAAGUACAUUCUCUCAGACAAUAGCCCUGCCCCUGAGUUUCCGCUAGCAUAUCUGACCAGUGAGAACCGAGACAUCUGGGCAGCGCUCAGGCAGAAGCUGGUGAAUGGGGGCAACGAGGAGACCCUGAGGAAAGUGGACUCUGCUGUAUUCUGUCUCUGCCUAGAUGACUUCCCCAUCAAGGACCUUGUCCACUUGUCCCACAGCAUGCUUCAUGGUGAUGGCACAAACCGCUGGUUUGAUAAAUCCUUUAACCUCAUCAUAGCUCAGGACGGCACUGCCGCUGUCCACUUUGAGCAUGCCUGGGGCGAUGGUGUUGCAGUGCUCAGGUUCUUUAAUGAAGUGUUUAAAGAUAGCACUCAGGCCCCUGCUGUCACUCCACAGAGCCAGCCGGCCAGAACCGACUCCUCUGUCGCUGUGCAGAAACUCAACUUCAAGUUGAAUGAUACCUUAAAGACUGGUAUCAGUGCUGCUAAGGAAAAGUUUGACGCCACCAUGAAAACCCUCACCGUUGACCUCAUCCGGUUUCAGAGAGGUGGCAAAGAAUUCUUGAAGAAGCAGAAGCUGAGCCCUGACUCAGUGGCCCAGCUGGCCUUCCAGAUGGCCUUUCUGCGCCAGUAUGGGCAAACAGUGGCCACCUAUGAGUCCUGCAGCACUGCGGCAUUCAAGCACGGCCGCACCGAGACCAUCCGCCCAGCCUCCACCUUCACAAAGAGGUGCUCCGAGGCCUUUGUCAGGGCACCCUCCAAGCACAGUGCUGGAGAGCUUCAGCAGAUGAUAGCUGAGUGCUCCAAGUACCACGGCCAGCUGACCAAAGAAGCGGCAACGGGCCAGGGCUUUGACCGACACUUGUUUGCUUUGCGGUACUUGGCAGCAGCCAAAGGGAUUUCCCUGCCCGAGCUAUUCCUGGACCCUGCGUAUGGCCGCAUAAACCACAACAUCCUGUCCACGAGCACACUGACCAGCCCCGCGGUGAACUUUGGUGGCUUUGCCCCUGUGGUCCCCGAUGGCUUUGGCAUUGGGUAUGCUGUUCAUGACGACUGGAUAGGCUGCAAUGUCUCCUCCUACCCAGGCCGCAAUGGCCGAGAGUUUCUCCAGUGUGUGGAGAAGGCCUUAGAAGACAUGUUUGAUGCCUUAGAAGGCAAAUCCAUCAAAACUUAGCUUCUGGGCUGGUGAAAAGCCUCCAUCACUUCAUCAACAUGAAAAUUGGGGCCUGUGUAACCAAUAGGUGCUAUUCUGUGACUAAUGAAACUAAUCAUGAGGUACCCGAGUAGCCAGGGCUAUAACGUUCGAGCUUUAAAAUCAUGCUUUUAAAGCUAAACAUGUGAUUUCCAAGUGGGACUGGAUCACAACUAAAGAUGAUGUGAGAUUUCAAUUUCAAGGGCAUUUGAUCAAGAGGUGGGAUUUGGAAAAAUAACAGGUGUAUUUAUUGUUGAAGCAGAAAUAAAAUUUAAUUGUUGGA